CCGGAAGUUGUAUUUAUUUCUGGCUGGCGAAGAUCAUGGAUGUAUUAAGAGGAGAUACGUAGCUAAAGUUACCGCUAUUUGACAGUUUCUACCUUGACUCUUCUGUUAUUAAAGUCCCGUAUUUUAGCUUUAAAUCCACAAGACUUUAGCACGAGGAGGUAACGAUUACUGUGUUACUUUCACCAUCACUUCCGCUUCUCUUUGGCGGAAACUGCGAGUUUACUUUAGGUGACAGGCUGCGGUGUGACCUGCCGAAGUCUACUUAAAUUGUCUCUAACAUGGUUUACAGCAAAGAGACUGAAACUGAGCCUCGUAUCUACGGUUUUACCAGAACAGCUUCCGCCGUGCUGACCCACUUUAUCUGCAUCGCCUUCACUGUGUUCAUCGCAGUUCUGUCUCGACCGGGUACCAGUUGGUUUUCCUGGCAUCCCUUCUUCAUGACACUAGCUUUCUCCUUCUUCAUGACAGAAGCCAUACUCCUGUUUUCCCCGUAUGGCUCCCCCAUCAAAAGAUUUCCACACAAGACAAAAGGUCGUGUUCACUGGGUCUUGCAGUGCCUCUGUGUGUCCUGUGCAGUCCUGGGUCUGACAGCCAUCUCUUACAACAAACACCUAAACGGUAAACCCCACUUCACCUCGUGGCACGGUCUGCUGGGCCUGCUCACAGUGUGUGUGGUCGGGCUGCAGUCCUUGGCGGCUGUGCCUCUCAUCUACCACUCUCUGGCCAAAGGCUGGUCCCUGGCCAAACUCAAACGGUACCACGCAGCGUCUGGACUCGUCACAUACCUGCUGGGCAGUGCCAGCCUCCUCCUCGGCCUGAGUUCUGCUUGGUUCACUGCAUCUGCCUGGGAAUACACCUGGUACCUGUCAGCACUCUGUAUUGCUCUCAAUGCCCUCGUCAUAAUGAACCAAGUCAGCAGUGCUUACACGGCUAAAAAACGGUUGCAGUACUGAUGGAAGUCACAGUAUUGACACUUUAACACUCACUGAAUACUUAUGCAAUCAGUUUGAUUUGCCUCUGAAGUUAUUGUCAUAUUAUUAAGCACCAUUGCCAAAUGUGAAUAAUAUAACAUUUUUCUUGCCUUUUUUUAAAUGGUACACACAGCACCAUUGAGUACACUGAGGUCAUGUCUGCUGUAUUUCUUUUCCAGGAAUUUGGGUUGGUUUGACAAUUACACUCAUAUUCCGCACAUUGGGCUUUAAGUUGUGAUCAAAUAAUUCCAAAGUGAAGAACAUUCUUAUCAGCCUCUUCUCUUCUUUGUGUUUACUGUUAAUUACCAAAUGCUUGCAUGCUAGCAUGCUUAACUAAACUGGUGACCAUGGUAAACAUUACACCUGCUAAAAAUCAGUAUGUACGCAUGCUAGCACUAGCGUUCUACUAAGCAUCACUGUGCAGCCUCAGAGCUGCUAGCAUGGCUGUAGACUCUGUUUUUGACAAAAUGGCUUGAUAUGUUAUUUUUAGUCACAGCAAUUCAAUUAAAUAAGAAAUAAAGUGGUUGAAUAUUCUUACUGGUAUUGCAAACCAUGCAGUAUGAAGGUUUUGACAGAAGUCAGACCAUAAUAUUGGAAUAUCAGAUACAAUUUGCAGAAAACUAGUUAAAUAUAAAACAAAUGCCUUUGAUUACUUUUGUAGCAACAUGUUUGAAUACAAUACAAUGAAUCAUAUUAAAGAUAUGUUGUGAAUUAAAAGCAUUUGUAAAUGA